AAACCCACUAACCGUGAGAUCAUGACCUGAGCCGAGGUCGGACACUCAACCGACUGAGCCACUCAGGUGUCCCAGUCAUUAUAUCUUUAAUAGUGCAUUAUGUUGUGUUCCUGCUUCAACUUUGUUUCUUAGUCAGUAUAUCUCAGUACAAUGGAAUCAAGUUUAUUUCUAAAAGUUAUCUGCAAUCUCAAAAUCCCAGAGACAAAGUCUGAGAAAACAGUGAAAGUUUCAUAUUAACCUACUCUAGAAUAUUAGCAGUGGGUUUUUUCUUGGAAACUCAUUGACUUUUCAAAGCCGUUUUAUUAUACAUGGGUUGCAUGAUGGAAUUUGAAUAUUACCUCAAGAGGUUUUAUGCUUUGGAUUAGCUAACAGUGUUUGUCCUCUGCUGACUAUUUCUCGGACUCAUUUUUUGGUGUCCAUUUGAGGCAAUAAACCCAAAGGGAUUAUACCAUGGACUACAAGGAAAGCUGCCCCAGUGUAAGCAUUCCCAGCUCAGAUGAACACAGAGAAAAAAAGAAGAGGUUUACUGUUUAUAAAGUUUUGGUCUCAGUGGGCAGGAGUGAGUGGUUUGUCUUCAGGAGAUAUGCAGAGUUUGAUAAACUUUACAAUACUUUAAAGAAACAAUUUCCUGCUAUGGCUCUGAAGAUUCCUGCCAAGAGAAUAUUUGGUGAUAACUUUGACCCAGAUUUUAUUAAACAAAGAAGAGCAGGACUGAAUGAAUUCAUUCAGAACUUAGUUAGAUAUCCAGAACUUUACAACCAUCCAGAUGUCAGAGCAUUCCUUCAAAUGGACAGCCCAAAACAUCAGUCAGAUCCAUCCGAAGAUGAGGAUGAAAGAAGCACUCAGAAGCUACACUCUACCUCACAGAACAUCAACCUGGGACCAUCUGGAAAUCCUCAUGCUAAACCAACAGACUUUGAUUUCUUAAAAGUUAUUGGAAAAGGCAGCUUUGGCAAGGUUCUUCUUGCAAAACGGAAACUGGAUGGAAAAUUUUAUGCUGUCAAAGUGUUACAGAAAAAAAUAGUUCUCAACAGAAAAGAGCAAAAACAUAUCAUGGCUGAACGUAAUGUGCUUUUGAAAAAUGUGAAACAUCCAUUUUUGGUUGGAUUACAUUAUUCUUUCCAAACAACUGAAAAGCUUUAUUUUGUUCUGGAUUUUGUUAAUGGAGGGGAGCUGUUUUUCCACUUACAGAGAGAACGGUCCUUUCCCGAACACAGAGCUAGGUUUUAUGCUGCUGAAAUUGCCAGUGCAUUGGGUUACUUGCACUCCAUCAAAAUAGUGUACAGGGACUUGAAACCAGAAAAUAUUCUUCUGGAUUCAGUAGGACAUGUUGUCUUAACAGAUUUUGGGCUUUGUAAAGAAGGAAUUGCUAUUUCUGACACGACAACAACAUUUUGUGGGACACCAGAGUACCUUGCUCCUGAAGUAAUCAGAAAACAGCCCUAUGACAACACUGUAGAUUGGUGGUGCCUUGGUGCUGUUCUCUAUGAAAUGCUGUAUGGAUUGCCUCCUUUUUAUUGCCGAGAUGUAGCUGAAAUGUAUGACAAUAUUCUUCACAAGCCCCUAAGUUUGAGGCCAGGAGUGAGCCUCACAGCCUGGUCCAUUCUGGAAGAACUCCUAGAGAAAGACAGGCAAAAUCGACUCGGUGCCAAAGAAGACUUUCUUGAAAUUCAGAAUCAUCCUUUUUUUGAAUCACUCAGCUGGACUGAUCUUGUACAAAAGAAGAUUCCACCACCAUUUAAUCCUAAUGUGGCGGGACCAGAUGAUAUCAGGAACUUUGAUGCAGCAUUUACAGAAGAAACAGUUCCGUAUUCUGUGUGUGUGUCUUCUGACUAUUCUAUAGUGAAUGCCAGUGUACUGGAGGCAGAUGAUGCAUUUGUCGGUUUCUCUUAUGCACCUCCUUCAGAAGAUUUAUUUUUGUGAACAGUUUGCCAUCCAGAAACCAUUGAGGCGAAUACAAGCCUACAGAUGAGACUGAAACUCCUGUUUGUGUGAAUAUAUUCAAAUCUGUUUAACUAGUGCCUCAUUUUUACAUGUAAUGUUAAAUAUGAAAAAUGUAUUUUCUGCUGUAUGCAAGAAAAUAGGGCAUUUCAAAGAGCUAAGUUUUGGAUUAAAAUUUGUAUUAUUGUUUAUUAAGCUUAUUUUUAAACAAAUUUUAAAAGCUAUUGUUCUCAGCAUUAACCUAUUUUUAAAGAAAACUUUUUGCUAAUGACUGUUUUUCCCCCUCAGUUUACACUAACAUCUACCCAAGACAGACUAUUUUGCAACAGCCUAUUUCAGUUCAGUUAACAUAAAUUAAUGCCUUUGUAACUCUCUACUUUGACCUUUGUUCUCAGAUCAGAACUAUGCAAUUGGUAUGUGGUUAAGAAGAAAUCACAUCUUUCCAUGAGAGGUCGUUGGUUGACAUAAUCAGUUCUUCGUAGGAUUAAAAUGUAAAAGCAUAGUUAACACAUGGGCUGUGAGUUAACACUUGGAGUAAGUGUUCAUUCUGCAGAUCAAAUUAAGAAAUAACAAGGAGAUCCUUUACUUUUGAAAUACCAAUUCAAAUUUGCGAAUUUUUUUUUCUGUAAGAAAAGUAAAAGCUUAAUAGUUAGAAGGUUUAAAUAUUCCCAAAGAUCUGAAGGGUAAUAAAAUACUACUGGAUUUUUUUUUAGGUGGUGCCAAAAAAUGAAUGUCUCUGUGUCAUGUAUUUAUAUUACAAAUACAUUCUAUUUAUGUUCUUUCUGGUCUUUUGAUGUUAUUGUUAAGUAGGCCUAAAUCUCAGUAUUUGCUUUUGCAGACAGCUGUGUAAAACUGUUUUUCUAAUUGGUUAAUAAGUGAAAAAUAUUGAGCUUUCUGGAGUUUUUACCUAAUUGGGAAUUAAAAAAUAGAAUAGCAAAUUCUAGGUCAGUGUAAAUAUAUAUUUCGCUACAAUGUAACAAGUUAAAAAUAAUUCCAGCAGAUGCAGUGACAGUAUCUUACUUGUCUUACGAAAAGUACAGGAAACUGACCUUAAAAUCAUACUAAAAACCAACUAACUGUGGACUUGUCACUAUGAAGAGAAUACAGAAAAACUAAAAAGAGUGCUUGUCUUGGAAUUCUGCUUCUUAGAGUAGAGAUUCUUCAGGUCAUGUAGGAAACAUUGUGAAAGUUUCGAGACCAACUUUAAAAGCUUAAGGAACAAGCAUUCUUUCCAUGUAUUUCCUCUUGAGAAAAAAAUCACAGAAGCAUUUCACACCAAUACCCUUUGGCUUAAAAAUGUUCAUCAAAAUGGAGUGGGGGAGUGUGCUUUUGUUAGAUUAAUAAUAUUUGCAACCAAUACACUGAAUCUUACUUUAGAGGUAAGACUUUAAUAGGGACACUGUAAAUAUUUGGUUUAUUUGGCACUACUGUAAGUUCUGCUUUUACACAAAGCUCUUUGCUUAUUAUAAAGCAAAAUAAAAACUGUAAUCUCCUGUAUGAUUUAUUUUUUACUCAGCCACUCCUUAAUUAAACUGCCAAAAAUUAAAGUGCAAUAUUGUAUAUUUUUAAGAACAAAUUUAAAAUAUUAUGCUGAUGUUUAUUGGAUCACAAGAAAUACAACUCUUACAGUAAAAUAAAACUAGCAAAAAGAUUAAUAAUCCUCUAAUUCCUGUCAUUAUUUUAAAUUAAAUUGGUGAUGGUUUAUAAAAGUCAUUACAAAAAUGAUUUGUAUAUGUGAGGAAUAAAAGUAUAAAACUUAAAUAUUUGGACACACAUAAAAAUUAGAUUAUAUGGAUUAUCAUAGGCUGACAUAUUUAAUAUUCAGGGAACAAAACCUCUUCCAAGUUUCAAGUUUAUUUUUUCUUUCAUAGCAUGCUAAGUCUUUUAGAAAAGAAGUGUGUGCCCUUUGAAUAGUUGAACCAUUUCAUGGCUAUUACCAAAAUAAACUCAGAGGUCUAAAUGAAGACUGCCUAACAUUCUUCAUGUUAUCCAUACCUCUUAUUUUAUUGCAUAUGGUACAGUGUAGAGUUUCCCAGCCAUUGUUACAUUAUAGCACACACUGAAAAUUACAAAUUUUUGGCAUACCUGAGGAGAGGUGCUAAAUGAUGCAGGUACUGGCAAGCAGGUUCUCUGUUCAAGAUUUUUAAAUUCCAAAAUAAUUUCUGAACUUAAGAUAUUUACAGAGAGAGCCAACAAACACUGUUUGGAUUUAAUUUUAGCAAUGGUGAACAUUUAAAAGGUGGUUUAAAUAUUUGAAAGAUUUAUUGUAAAAUUUUAUCACUAUAAAAACCAUUACCAGUGUCUUUUAGCAUACUUGUUAACUAGUAAUUAUCCAUAGGCAUAAUAUUACAAAACUUUACAUAUUUUAUGAGUCAUUCUUUUGUACAUCAUACACUAUGUGAAAAACAGGAGUGAGAAUUACAGGAACGUUUUUGGUGAUGUUUGAAUGACUUUUUUCAAUAAAGUGUUUUGAAAUUAAUAA